CUUUCUCUAUCAUUUACUAAAUGCUUGAGAGCAGGGUAUUUAUAGCUGUACCACGAACUGUAUAAAGACUUUCUCUUUUUAGGAAGAAAACCUUCCCUUUAAUCCUCAUUCUUCGACCACCAAGAAUCUCUUCCUCUUUAUGUCGGUUGGCAAUAAACCUCGAACGGACGCGUCGCCGCUGCUGCUUCGCUUAUCUGCCUAAUCUUCAUCUUUCCGCAAAGUGUCUCUUUUUCUACGGUCAUGCAUCUGUUGUUUCUCUUUCUCCUGCUGCUCUGGACCGGUCCGGCUUGCGGUUAUUUCCCGGAGGAGCGCUGGAGCCCGGAGUCCGCUCUGCUCGCGCCGCGGGUGCUGCUCGCGCUGGUGUGCCGCAACUCCGCGCACUCUUUGCCGCACGUCCUCGGUGCCAUCGACCGCCUCGAAUACCCCAAAGACCGCAUGGCCAUGUGGGUGGCAACAGAUCAUAAUUCUGACAACACGACUGCGAUUCUCCGAGAAUGGCUGAUAAACGUCCAGAACUUUUAUCAUUAUGUGGAGUGGAGACCGCAAGAAGAGCCCAGUGUCUAUAAAGAUGAAAGUGGACCGAAGCACUGGGCUAAUCUUCGGUACGAGCACGUGAUGAAACUCCGUCAGGCAGCUCUUGAAACCGCACGUGAGAUGUGGGCCGACUACUUCCUGUUGGUGGACUGUGAUAAUUUACUGACGAAUCGUGACGUUUUAUGGAAGUUAAUGAAUGAGAACAAGACGAUCGUUGCACCGAUGCUGGAGUCCAGAGCAGCGUACUCCAACUUCUGGUGUGGAAUGACAUCACAGGGUUACUACAAGCGUACUCCAGCGUACAUGCCCAUCAGGCGGCAGGAGAAGAAGGGUUGUUUUGCUGUUCCAAUGGUUCACUCCACCUUCCUGGUGGAUCUGAGGAAGCAGGCCUCCCGUGAGCUCAACUUCCACCCCCCUCACCCCGACUACAGCUGGGCCUUCGAUGACAUCAUCAUAUUCGCCUUCUCUGCGCGGAUGGCAGAUGUCCAGAUGUACAUCUGCAACAUGGAGACUUAUGGGUAUUUUCCUGUACCCCUACGCUCCCAUAAUACCCUGCAGGACGAGGCGGACAGUUUUCUGCACUCGCAGCUUGAAGUGAUGGUACGUGGUCAUCCAUCAGAACCCUCUGUGUAUCUUUCUCUGCCUCCUAAACGGCCUGAUAAAAUGGGUUUUGAUGAGGUGUUUAUGAUUAAUCUGUUGAGACGUUCUGACCGGAGAGAGCGCAUGUUGAGAACUCUAUAUGAACAAGAGAUCACUUGCAAGAUCAUUGCUGCUGUGGAUGGCAAGGCGUUGAAUACGAGUCAGAUUGAGGCGAUGGGUAUCGAGAUGAUGCCUGGAUACAGCGAUCCGUAUCAUGGCAGGCCACUCACCAAAGGAGAGCUUGGCUGCUUCCUGUCUCAUUUCAACAUCUGGACGGAGAUUGUAGAACGUGGGCUGAAGAUGUCUCUGCUGAUUGAAGAUGAUCUGCGCUUUGAGGUUUUCUUCAAGCGACGCCUGCAGAAUCUAAUGCAGGAGAUCCAGACGCAGGGGUUGGACUGGGAUUUAAUUUAUAUCGGACGGAAGAGGAUGCAGGUGGACCAUCCUGAGAAGUCUGUACCCAAAAUUCACAACCUUGUUGAAGCAGAUUACUCUUACUGGACACUAGGAUACAUGAUCUCAUUACAAGGAGCACAGAAGCUUCUGAGAGCUGAACCUCUGAAGAGGAUGCUGCCAGUGGACGAGUUCCUGCCUGUCAUGUACAACAAACACCCGAUUGAGGAGUACAUGUCUCACUUUGAGCGGCGAGAUCUGCGGGCGUUCUCUGCCGAACCUCUGCUUGUGUACCCCACACAUUACACAGGUGACCCGGGCUACAUCAGCGACACCGAAACCUCCACCGUCUGGGAUAAUGAAACCGUGCGCACAGACUGGGAUCGAGCACGCUCGGGAAAGAGCCUCGAGCAGGAAGAACUGAGUUCUGAGGCGCAGAACACUGACGUACUCCAGUCUUCGCUUGACAGCACGGCCCGAGAUGAACUCUAGAACCGGUCGGCUAACACACUGUAAUUCAUCUACGCAAACCUUUUACAAGGACAUCAACAAAUAUUUUUAAUGGUGAAAAGGAAUUUGUGAAGCGGAACCCUGCAAAAAUCAUAUUUUUUUAUUCGUUUUUUUACCAAUUUACCUGUAAAAAAAAAAAAAAAAAUCCAGAUAUCCUUUAAACAAGGUACAUUUACUUGACGAGCAACUCUAGUUAAGAUAUUGAAGACCUUUCCUGAUUUCACUGAAUGUAUUUUGAAUAUUAGUGUCUUUUAUCUUGUAGACUGAAAGAUUUUUUUAACACUUGUUUUUACUCGUUUAUGCCUAAAAAUCGGUGGUUUUAUAGUCAAGAUAGAUUCUUUGAAAGCAAGUCUCAAUAUCUUAAGCAUUGUUGCUUAUCAGGUGAAUUUGAUGUUUAGCUGUUUGUACUGGUAACCAUAUAAUUUGCAGUUUUAAAUGCUAGAUCUGAGACCAAAAAGAAGCAGGACUUUCGGUUUAGAACUGAAAGUGCAGAUGCUUUAGCAAAUAGAAGAGACCAAAUCAACUAAGAGUAGAGAGAGAAUGAACUGAGCAGGUAAGGUGGAGGUCGCACACCCCAGGUCCUGGAGAGCCCAUUAGUUUAAAACGUAUGGAGAUUGUUUCUGAAAACAUCACUCCAUAUCGGUUGCCAUUUGUUCAACACUCCAAAAAAAAAAAAAAAGCCAUACAUUAGAUGGGAUAUAUUACCAUAAUACCCCUAUUGAGACAGACUGUGAACUGAUUUAGCUGAAAUGCUUGAUUGUCAAAUGGGUGAAAUAAUGGUCAGUUCAGUCAAUGUGAGGCUAGCUGUAUUUUAAACUGAUCUCAUGGUCAAGUAGAUAUAGAUUAGCAUGAUGCUCUGGUGAAAUAUACAUGUACUUUUAACACUUUAUUUUCCUUCAUUGCCUCAUUGAGAGCAUAAAAUAAGUGUUUUUGUGAUCAGUAUUGUGAGUAUAUACUCAAUGUGUAAAGCUGUUUCUAUUAUAUGUGAAUCAAAGUAGAGUUGUGCCAAGAUUAAGGUAGAAAUCAUCGAGAUUUUCUCGUAUCAGCAUUAGGUCAGGUUUUAUGUGAUGUAUGUUAGAUAACCCUGCUUGCAGAUGACUAAUUUAUUGCUUGUUCGGCUGAGAGUUUUAAUCCUCAUCAUCAGUGUAAAUACAGAACUGACGGGUCACUCUGUGUAAUGAUGUGAACGUCUGCCUUAUUUGGCUUCUUUUACUUUUUCUUUCUUUUUUGCCUUAAGAGAUUUAUUUGGGAGAAUGAAAUGCUAUUUAAUGCAAUCCUUUUUCUCUCUCAACGCUAGCAAAGAAAUGCUUGUGAGGCAAUCUAAUGUCUACAUUACACAUGUUGUGCUAACUCAAGAAAUGUAAGUGACUUACGGUUAGUUAUGAGUAAACGUUGCUUUUAUGGAUCAAUAUUUACUCAUUACAUGUUUCCUGUGGCUAAUAUGUCUCCAAAAUGUGCCUUUUAUACCAUUAAACUGGAUUU